GUAGAGAGGACUCAAUUUUCCCCGGUGAGCGGGGCGGGUUAUUUUGAGACGGCCCCUAGCCGCGCAGCCCCGCGGCAUGAUACAGAGCGCGGCGCGGAGGGUGCGGUGGUCCUCGACUCGCUGACGCCAGGGACGCGAGAUCAAUCCAGGCAGCGGUGCGCGCGAGCUGCGCGGCGGCAGAAGUUUCGCUCUUCCCAGUGUCGGAGCUGAAGAGCCGCGGACGGGCGGCCGGUGGGGACGCGGAAAACUUUUCUCUCUCUUUUUUUGUUUAACGUGCAUCCAGCGGGCACAGGGUGCCUUCCUGAAGACGGAAUCCGACUCCUGAGCCCCCGUUUUCCCCAGGCACGGAGCGGUCAGUCCCCUGAAGGACCGAGGGGGCCCCGUGGUUUCCAGACGCCUGCGGGCUGUGGGAGUGUGGUGGCGUCGGCAGCAGGCGGCAGGAGAGAUGAACGUGACCAGCCUGUUCUCCUUCACCAGCCCGGCCGUGAAACGGCUGCUGGGCUGGAAGCAGGGGGACGAGGAGGAGAAGUGGGCCGAGAAGGCGGUGGACGCGCUGGUGAAGAAGCUGAAGAAGAAGAAGGGGGCCAUGGAGGAGCUGGAGAAGGCGCUCAGCUGCCCCGGGCAGCCCAGCAACUGCGUCACCAUCCCCCGCUCCCUGGACGGCCGCCUGCAGGUGUCUCACCGCAAGGGCCUGCCGCACGUCAUCUACUGCCGGGUGUGGCGCUGGCCCGACCUGCAGAGCCACCACGAGCUGAAGGCCCUGGAGUGCUGCGAGUACCCCUUCGGCUCCAAGCAGAAAGAGGUCUGCAUCAACCCCUACCACUACAAGCGCGUGGACAGUCCCGUGCUCCCCCCUGUCCUGGUACCCAGAAAUAGCGAGUUCAACGCGAAGCACAGCCUCCUGCCGCGGUUCCGCAACCCGGUCCAGAACGAGCCCCACAUGCCGCACAACGCCACCUUCCCCGACUCCUUCCCCCCGGCCAACAGCCACCCCUUCCCUCACUCCCCCAACAGCAGCUACCCCAACUCGCCGGGCAGCGGCAGCAGCGGCACCUUCCCGCACUCGCCGGGCAGCUCCGACCCCGGCAGCCCCUUCCAGAUGCCAGCUGAAACUCCGCCACCUGCGUACAUGCCCCCCGAGGAUCAGAUGACGCAGGAUUGCUCCCAGCCUAUGGACACAUCUAAUUUACUGGUUCCUCCCCUGCCACUUGAAAUCAACAAUAGGCCAGAUGUUCAGCCAGUGGCCUAUGAGGAGCCCAAACACUGGUGCUCUAUUGUCUACUACGAGCUCAACAAUCGCGUGGGAGAGGCCUUUCACGCCUCCUCCACAAGCGUGUUGGUGGACGGCUUCACUGAUCCCUCGAACAACAGGAACCGGUUUUGCCUCGGGCUCCUAUCCAACGUGAACCGCAACUCCACCAUUGAGAACACUAGGCGGCACAUUGGAAAAGGAGUUCAUCUGUAUUACGUCGGAGGUGAAGUAUAUGCUGAGUGCCUCAGUGACAGCAGCAUUUUUGUGCAGAGUCGAAACUGCAACUACCAUCAUGGUUUCCACCCAACCACAGUGUGCAAGAUCCCCAGCGGCUGCAGCCUGAAGAUUUUUAACAACCAGGAGUUUGCAGAACUCUUGGCCCAGUCUGUCAACCAUGGCUUUGAGGCCGUCUACGAGCUCACGAAGAUGUGCACCAUUCGCAUGAGCUUUGUGAAGGGCUGGGGAGCUGAAUAUCACCGUCAGGAUGUCACGAGCACCCCGUGCUGGAUUGAGGUUCAUUUGCAUGGUCCCCUGCAGUGGCUGGAUAAAGUUCUCACGCAGAUGGGAUCCCCCCAUAACCCCAUUUCAUCAGUGUCCUAGACAAAACUGCUUCCGCGCCUGACACAGUUGAAAACAAGUGUUGGAUUUCAAAAGGCUGGGUUGGGUUUUUUUGGGGUGGUGGGGGGGGUACAUUUUACUUGAAGGAUGUCUGAAUUGGGCACAUUGCAUAAUGACAUGGGGAUGUGUGGGCAACUGGAAGAUACUUGAUCUUUGUGACCAACUGUAAUAAUCAGACCAUCAUACUCCUUACAAGUAUCUACGCUGGUCUUGAGAAUUUCUCUUUGUUCCUAGUUUACGUUGCAGUAUUCCAUUGUAUACCCAAGCAGGUUAAUGGGUUGUUACAUUGAUGAUAAGGAGCUGGGGGAGGAGAUGGAAGGUGACCAAUUUAAAAAUAAUAAUCAAAUCUUAGUCCCUAUUUUGUCAAUUUAUUAGCUUACUAUUCUAUUAUGUCAAUAUUUGUAAAAAUGUUUAGUGUAAAAUCCCACCCACAUAACUAUGUUCUGUUGUAGGGUCAGAAAAUUGCACAGAUGGGGCUAGGAAAUAACUUUGAAGAAGCCCCUUGGUUACUUGUGAAAACUGUCCCAUUCAAGGGGACUCCCAAUAAGGGGAGGCAGCGGUGUUGAACUCAGUGUUCAUAAUCUUUCUCUACUUGUGUAACAAUCUUCCAAGUGUUCAAUUGACUUAAAGUAGUGUUAGAUGUAUUCCACAUUAGUGAAAGUCCUGCGAAAAUCCUCUUGGAAAUGUAGUUGGGCUAGGUUAGCAUGCAGGGGGUUGCAGGUAGUUGAUAAUGUGAUGACAGAAAUGAGCACAGCUGCAGAUGCCCCAACACACAUCAUACAGCUGAUGUUCAUUCCUGCAGUGACAAUGCUUUUCAUUUUUCAUGCUGUUUUCCCUGAGUUGCAGCUCAGAGUGAUUGCUAAGUGACUAUCAAAUCUAGUUCUGCUUGAGAGUUUGGUAGCCAAGUUUUUUAAAAAGAUUUGAACAGACGGCUGUGAUUAUUUCUGCACAGAAUAAAUAGCAGCCCUAUAAAAUAUCAUUUUCAAAAGUGUAGAUUUUUGAUUGAAUACUGUUUUUUAUGCGUAGAAAUCCCUGGCAACUUUUGAAAUGCUGUACAAGACUGAAUUAAUUUUAACUUUUUGUAUUUUAACUUUGAAAAGGUUUUCUUUCAUGUAACUACACUUUUACAGAAUGGUCCCCUGUAUUUUUUGUUUUAUUUUUUGUGUUUUGCUGUUUUUGCUGAUUUAGUAUUACCAGAAAGCAGUUUUAUUCCAUGAAUAUCAAGUCUCUACUGGAAGAUUCAAUAAAAUGGUUUCAUUACCA